UCCGCGGAAGAAGAGAGGAGCCGCGAUGGUGCGCGUGAAGUCGAGGUAUUUACUGUGUGAAGUCAACGUGUCGGACAGGAGCCGCCUGCUGCUGCUGGAUGACCGGGCCAUCGCUGCGACAGUGAAGGCGGCGGUGGCCCGCACACACGGGGUGUAUGGGGCGGCUCUCUGCAGCAUCAGAUUCUCUGUGAAAUAUCUGAAUGCUCACACUGGAAUAGUAUUCCUGCGUUUCCCCAAAAGGUGUUACAGGCUGCUCUGGUCUGCACUGCCUUUCAUUACCAGUGUUGAAACUCGUGGGCAGAAGAUCCCAUGUUUUCUGAACUGUUUACAUGUGGGAGGAACAAUUAGAACAUGUCAGAAGUUUCUGAUCAAAUACAACAAGCAGCAGCUGCAUCGAAUGCUCCCUAAAUGUAAAAAUAAAGAAGAAGAAGAACAUGUUCGCAGAGCAAUUCUGGACUGUUCCCUAACAGGAGGAAACAAGGAAGCAUUUGAAGAUGAAUUUGAGAGUGAGGAAGAUGAAGAAGAUUGACUUCACAGCAUGCAGUGAAAGGUGGAAAUGAUGUGGUUUUCUUAGAUGUUUGGGUGGUUCUGAUUGUUUUGUAAUGGGACUGAGAGAAAGAAAGAUGUGAAGCAUUUGAAAAAAUACAUGAAGUCUGUGGAGAUGUGGUUUACUGCAGCUGCUCUGUGGAUUUUCUACUAAAGAAAACUGACUGACUGUAUCAACGUCUUCAGCAUUACAACAGUAUAAAUAUCUUUCAACAGCAAGGUCACAUGUUUGAUCCUCAGAGGAGUGGAUGAAUCACUGUACUACAAAAUAAGACUAUGGGCUGAUUCUUAUGUUUUAAUGAAUUUAUUUUGUAUUUAUAAUGUGUUUUUGUGCGAA